GGCUGACUGUAAAAGGCAGGUACGGGCGGCCGCGCGGCCUCGCUUUCCGCAGGGUUCAUCAGCGUCGGCGGCAUGGUUCCCGGUUCUGGUAACUUGCUCCGCUUCUUCAGCGCCGGUCUAGUCAGUGUCUGUCGCCUGCACACCAGCGCCCCGAGAAAUGAGGCUGUCGUCAUCUCAGGAAAAAGACUGGCGCGGCAAAUCCGAGGAGAGGCAAAGCUCGAUGUAGAGCGCUGGGUUGCUGACGGGAAUAGGAGGCCACAUCUCAGCGUUGUCCUGGUUGGGGACAACCCAGCCAGUCACUCCUACGUGAAGAACAAAACCAAAGCUGCAGCUGACGUGGGUAUCACGAGUGAGACCAUUCUGAAGCCAUCCAGCAUCACUGAGGAAGAGCUGCUGGAGUUAAUUAACAAACUGAACAAUGAUAAUAAAGUUGAUGGGCUGCUUGUCCAGCUUCCUUUACCCGAACAUCUCAACGAGCGCAAGAUCUGUAAUGCGGUGUCACCCACGAAAGACGUGGACGGGUUUCACGUACUCAACGUUGGCCGCAUGUGCCUUGACCAGAGCUCCAUGUUACCGGCAACACCCUGGGGCGUGUGGGAAAUCAUCCAACGAACAGGAAUUCCAACUCUAGGGAAGAAUGUGGUUGUUGCUGGGCGGUCAAAGAACGUCGGAAUGCCCAUCGCUAUGCUCCUGCACACAGACGGCAGACACGAGAGGCCUGGUGGAGACGCCACAGUGACCAUGACUCAUCGAUACACCCCCAAAGACCAGCUGAGGGAGCACACCAAGCUCGCUGACAUUAUUGUGGCUGCUGCAGGUAUUCCCAAUCUUAUCACGGCCGACAUGAUUAAAGAAGGAGCUGCCGUCAUUGAUGUUGGCAUCAACCGCGUCCAGGACCCAGUCACCGGGAAGCCCAGGCUUGUGGGCGAUGUUGACUUUGAAGGGGUAAAGAAGAAGGCCAGUUUUAUAACGCCGGUGCCAGGCGGAGUUGGCCCAAUGACUGUCGCCAUGCUGAUGAAGAACACCAUCAUUGCAGCCAAGAAGCUUCUGAAGCAGAUGGAGAACUGAAUAAUUUGCCAUCCUGCACUGGAGCAGCAGAAGUGAGCUGGAGUGCCCUGCCAAACAUUCCAAUGUACUGUUUACACUUCCCAAUACCAAAGGCUGAUUGAUAGCUGAGUCGUUAUUUAUUGCCCUGUCCUGGAAGUAAUUGGGUUCUCCUGUUUGCAUUGAAUAUAAUUUAUUUGGGAGGACCUUGGGACUAAGGCGUGUGCAAUUUUAUAACUUUGUUCCAAAGAGGCUUCCCACACCCAUACUAUUCUGUCAAGUUAUUUAGCACGUGUAAAUAAUACAACAAAAAGCUUGUUUUAUUGCCAAGUUCUUUGAAGUUGCAGUGAGGAGACCAAAGUGGAGAGGGGAUUCCAGUGUGAAAAGUUUGCGUUUUGAAGGCUUUAGUGAAGGAAACCUCACAAAAGUUUUGCUUUAUAACCUCACAGGUGAAUAUUUUAAAGUACAGAAUAGCCCAAAACAAUAAAUAUGGGGAGUAGAAUUAUCUUUGCCAGCUGGUGCAGGAGCUGAAUUUGUUUGGACAGUUUUGAACUUGAGCUCAGAGCAGAUGUACUGACUGCCUGUGCUGUUCUGAAAAUGAGGUCAGUGUUUAAGUGUGUGAACCUGUUGGAAUGGGAACUUCUGACGUCGACUCUGUGUGUCAGCUGAAGCCCUGGCAUUUCUUCCCUGUCCCGAGUAUCUGCUGGUGAUGGCUCAAAACAGUUUUCUCGUGUGAGGCGAGGGAAGUGUCUUGGAAUGAGGAUUAAAACGCUGAACUCUAUUCCAGAAGUACUUAAUGAUGAAUGUCAUUGGCAAAAUAGGGUGUGGUCUUGUUUCAUGCGGUACAAGACAUUGCAGUGUGUUUGACAUCACACUGGGCAGACAAGGUCUAUCUGAACAAGACUCUUUUAGCUGAAUGAUUUCACAAUAGUAACUAUUGAUCAAUAUGUGCAAAGAAGCUAGAUCUUCAAGGUCAACUUAAUUAGUUUGAUGGUCAAUUUGUAUAAGUUUGACAUAUUAUUGUACUGAUCGGCAAUUUGUCGAUGAGUUGCUGUACACUCCAGAAAAAAACCUGAAUUGAAUUGCUUGCCCUUGUAUCCAACUAUUGGCAGAAGCAGAAUGUACGACAUGCCCUGUCACUUGCAGAAACAAAGUGAGCUGUGCAAUAAAGUUGUUCAAUGUUCCAAAGUGAAUCUGUCCUUGUUGUGAAACUGCCCUGAGACCAGAGACAGGCGAGAUGUAGAGAUGCUGCUGUUCUAUAUAGGUUAUUAUUUGCCCGUUCACCACUCUGUGCUGGGAAGGGGCUGUCACUUACAGUGGGCUUAUGGUAACACUGGACAACAAAUUUUUUCAAAAGUGUUGCUUCCUCAGAAUUCUUUUUUGUUCAUGAUAAACUGCUUGAAGCUGAACAUGUAUAUAAUUCCAGACUACUUGUAUCAUGUAGGAAUUUGUAGAAACAAAUUAACUUUUAUUGAAUAUAAUGCGUUUAAUUGACUAAGUGCUGUCGCUUUUCAAUAGUUUAACUAAGCUAGAAGUGUUUUGUUCAUAAUUUUUCUUUAUACUUAAGUGUCUGAGGCUUCUCACUUAAGUGUCCAACGAAAAUCAGCCAGAUUUGCAGGGAAGAAGUCUAAAUGGGAAUGCAGAAAAUGAAUCUUUAGUAGCAUAUUGCACUUCAUGGUUUUGUAUGCUUGAAGCAUAUCAACUAGCUGCAUGUAGUUCGGUGCUCUGUAGUUGUCAAGAAAAUUUUCAACAACAUCCUUGAAUGCCUUCCAUGCAACUUUCUCUGGUCCCAUUGGAAGUUGUACUAAUUGCCUGUCAUUGACCUGUUUGAUUUGUGGGGCAAAAAAAUGCCUUCCGUAAAUCUUGGUAUCAAUUAUUCUAACUUGAAUUAUGAAUUAAAUGACAAGUAUAGGUGAUUUUUUUUAAAAUUGGAGUGUGAUAGGGAAAUUUCAUGGUGAUUUUCAUGAUCAGCAGCCCAAAAUCUCGGAAGUAAUAUCUUUGUUGUCCAGUAUGAUCAAUAUUACACCCAAAAGUAUUUCGGAAGUAAUAUCUUUGUUGUCCAGUAUGAUCAAUAUUACCAUCUAACAAUGUGCUUCUAGAGAUGGGGCUAUGGGUUCUCUUUUGAGUGAAGUAAACAAUUUUAAAAUUAAUUGCAAUAAACUGCCUUACAAA